AUGGAGCAAGCGGGCCACGUCUGCUACGCAUUGCGACGCGCCGCCUGUCUGGUUCGGAUGGAGGAGCAGUUCGAGCUCCAGAUGCAUUGGGCGUUGUCGAACCAACUCGAGCUGGCUGAGAAGAACCGAGCGGGGGCGGAGGUCAAGGCCGAGAUAGCCGAGGCCAGAGUGACGCGUGAGACAAGGCUCGAGGCGGAUCAUUUGGCCAGGUGCCGGGGCUGCGGGGAGAUGAUCCCGCUGGACCAGGCCCCGGUGGGCCGCAACGUGCGGGCAGUCGAGGGGGCGUUGAUAGAGCAGCACAGGCAGCAGUGCUGCGCCCGCAGGGGCCUCGAGUCCAUCGCCCCACAGGUCAGCAUGAUCAACAUCGAGGUGCAGCCUCUCGAAAAAGAGGGGAGCUGGCCACGCGGCGGGCUCGACGAGAUGCCAAUCUUCUUCAAGCGCGGCUUCGGCAAGGUGAGCAGGAUCCUCUGCUACGGCGACGAGUCCGUGGCCGGCCGCUGCCUCUCCGGCGGCGCGGACGGGGCGCCCGACGAGUUCGAGCCUCCAGGCCGCAGGGCGGCACGGGAGGCCGCCGGCGUCUCCUGCGAGGUGGCCGUCUGCGGCCUCAGCGGCCUCGGCCCCGCCGCGCUGGUGUCCUCGAUCGGUGCAGCCUCCAUCUCGGGCAGUUCGGGGCACGUCGGCAGGGGCCUGAUACCCGUCCUCGAGCAGGGAGAACCCUACGACCUCGUGGUCAUCUCGGUCAGCCCGAGGGCCAUCUCCCAGCCCGCGACCAUCUACACGGAGCUGUGCCGGCUGCACCAGGCCUGCCACGCGCGCAAGACGCCGACGGUCGUCUUGGUGCCGCCGAGCGGCCUAAUCAUCCCGGGCGGCCCGGAGACGUCACGCAGCGCCGCCACGCCGGUGCAGACGCGGCAGAGGCUGUCCGCCCAGACGCUGAACAACUUGCUGGCCCGCUGGGUGAAGGCCACGCCGCAGGCGGUCGCCUUCCACGACAUGUCGAAGUUCGGGUGCGAGGGCGGCGAGCAGAGCGUGCCCUGCAGCGGCGGCCAGCUCUGGAGCGGGGGCGGCCGCAGCCUCACCCCCGUCGGCUUCCGCGCGCUGGGGCAGCAGCUGGCCACGGCCAUCUUGCCGCACCUGGGCCCUGGCGUGCAGAGCGACCAGAAGUCGAUCGCAGCCAUGAGCAGCGGCGGCCUCAGCCAAUCGCAGCGCAUGGCAGUUAGUCGAAGUCCAUCGCAGGGCUCUGCCUUCUCUGUCAGCAGAACGCCGCCGCGCUUUGUUUUCGGACCUCGGCAGAAGGAUGUUGGUAGUCCUCGGGAGGCGAACACGGAGAAGGCCUGCAAGGAGCUGGAGGGGAAGCAUGACACGAUGGUGGAGGGGUUCGCGGAACGGAUGAAGACCUUAUCGGCGUUGUUGCAAGCGCGCGACCAGGAGGUAUCGGAGACAGUGGCCAGCUUCGAUGAGUUGAAGGAAGCAUACCGAAAGUGCGAGGCAGAUGCAGAAAGCGUUCUGCAGAAAGUCGCAGACCAUGGCUCUAGUGCAGCACAGCGAGAGAGUGCCUACCAGGAGCUGGAGAUGAGACAUCAUGCAGAGGUUGGGGAGGCAGCCAGGCUGAAUAAGGCCUUGACAGAGUUGAGGCAGGAGUGCGGCCAGGACCUGCAGGAGCGCGCGGCGCAGCAGGAUGCAUUGCGGAAGGCGUACCACAAUUGCGAGGCCGCCCUGUCGCAGGCAUUGGCAGACCAUGCAGAGUCUGUUGAGCAACAGCAGGAGCUCCAGCUUAAGUGUACGGCAGCGACUACGCAGACCGACAAGUGCCUCGCGGCAUGCCAGCAUCUCGAGAGGAACUGCGCCGAAGCCGUCAAGGAGGUCCAGGAUUCCCACCGCAAGAGUGAGAAGGACGCCGAGGCAGCACUCUCGCAUGCCACGGCGCAUCACGCCUCUGAGAUUGAACGGCACGAGGCGGCGUACCAGCAGCUCCACAGGAGGCACGCAGCAGCGGCCGAGGAGGUCACCGAAUAUCUCGCGAAAGUGAAGCGCAUGGACGAGUUGGAUGUGCAGGUUGGGGAGUUGCGGCAGGCGUGCAGCAAGUACGAGAGCGAUGCUGCAGCCGCACUGUCGCAGACCAUGGCAGUCCAUAGCUCAGAGCUUGCACAGUGCGAGGAGGCCAGCCAGGUCGCGAGGAGGCCAACCAGGUGCUUCAGAGAAGGUACGCGGAUGCGGUGGAGGAGGCGAAUGACCGCGAGAAGGCGUUGGCAGAGCUGGAGCGGGCCAGGGAGCUGGACGCACGGCAGCGUGCGACGAGUCUCGAGCAGAUGCGAGAAUUAUCCAGCUAAGGAGGCGGACGCCGUGAACACCCUCUCGGGAAACCUCCAGGAGCUCCACGAGAAGCGCAUGGCAGAUGCAGAGGAAGCUGCGCUGCAGGAGGAGGCCCACCGGCAGCUGCACAUGGAGCACGCGGCCGCGGUCGAGGAGGCGCGGGAGUGCGAGCGAGCAAUUGCACAGCUUCGCAGUGCGCGCGACGUGGACGCGCAGGAGGCCGCGGAGGCAAAGCGUGAGCUGGAGCAGGCCGUGGCGCAGGUGGAGCGGGCCCGCGACCAUGCCGUGGAGGAGGGCGCCCGAAGACUCGGAGAACUGGAGGAGAGCCAUCGCAGGUCCCUGGAGGCCGCCGCCGCUGCCCUCGCGCGGGCCGUGGAGGAGCACGGCGCCGACGCGGCGCAGCGCCGCGCGGCGUGCCAGGAGCUCGAGAGGAGGCACGCCGAGGCCGCCGAGGAGGCGGGCCGCCGCGGCGAGGCUUGCUCCGAGCUGGGACGAGCGCUCGAGGCGGCCAGGCGGGAGGGCGCCGCGGCCCUCCUGGAGGCCCAGGGGGCCCACCGCAGAAGCGAGGAUCGGCCGCCGAGGCUGCGCUGGCGCAAGCCGCUGCGCAGCACGGCUCCGAGGUGGAGCGGCGAGAAGCGGCUCAAACAAUGUACCAGGAGCUUCAGAGGAGGCACGCGGCCGCGACCGAGGAGGCGGAGAAGCACGAAAAGGCUUACAGGGACCUGCAGGACAGGCACGCUGGCCUGACUGCCGAAGCCGGCAAGCUCGAGGAAGGUCUGGCAGAGCUGCAGCGGGCGCGCGACGAGGCCGUGCGCGCGGGCCACGUGGGCCUCGAGGAGAUGCGCGAGGCGCAGCGCAGGUGCCAGGAGGACAGCGAGGCGGACUUCUCGAAGGUCCUCCAGGAGCUCCAGGAGAAGCACUCGGCCCUGCAGGAGGCCGUGAAGGUGCGUGAGCAGGAGUGCCAGGCUCUCCAGGGGGCGCAGGUGAGCGCACUUCAAGAGGCCGCGCAGCACGAAGGGUCCCUGGCGGAGCUGCAGGCGUCCCACGACCUGGAGGCGCGGGAGGCGCGGGCGCGCCAGGAGGAGCUGGCGCGAGCCUUGGCAGAGCUGCAGCGGUCUCACGACGAGGCCGUGCAGGGCCACGCGGGCACCCUCGAGGAGCUGCAGGGCGAGUGCCGGAGGCGCGAGGAAGAGGCCGCGGCGGCCGCGGCGGCCCACGCAGCCGAGCUGGCGCGGCAGGAGGAUGAGCCCUCGCGCGGCUGCAGCGGGAGCGCGCCGGCGCGCUCGAGGAGGCCGCG